AUGGAUACGUACAAGGUUGUUUCUCUUUCCAGCUAUUCUUGUGAAUCUGAUGGAAUUGAUGGCAUUCCCAUGAAGGUUUUCAAAACUCAAGUUAACAUUUAUACUCUAGACACUCAUUCAUUGAUAAGGAUUAAUGAUUUCCCUUCCAUACCCCCCAAUGGUCUCUCUGAAGGAAUAAUCGUCAGUGGCACAGUAAAUUGGUUUGCAUAUUCUACUGCAUCUGGUGAUAUCUCGUGUGUCAUUGUUUCUCUUGACUUGGGGAAAGAGUGUUACCAAGAGAUUUCAGAGCCUAACUAUGAUGAAAAACCCAUUUACUUGACCUUGGGUAUGAUGAGGGAUUGCCUGUGUAUAUUUUCGUAUUCUCACUUUUUUACAGAUGUUUGGCUUAUGAAGGAAUACGGAAAUAAAGAGUCUUGGAUUAAAUUCAUCCAUCUUCCUUACUUUGGUGAUCAUGAUAGUCAUUAUGAUGAUAUUCACUAUCAGAAAAUUUACUGUCAGAAGAUAUUAUACAUUUUUGAGGACGAAAACGAUGUAUUGCUCGUCAUCAACAAAGAGUUUGAAAAAUGGAAGUGGGUUGUUUGCGAUUCUAAAAAUUAUACUAUAAAGAGUUUCAAGAUUCAGAAAGACUUUGUAUGA